AUGGCAUACACAGGAACCUUGAAGAAGUUCAUGGAUGGAAAGGGGUUUGGCUUCAUCGAGAACUCUGAUGGUUCGGGUGACGUUUUUGUGCACUUCUCUCAGUUGACCAACGGCGGUUCCGAUGAUAUGAUCGUUGGCGCUGAGAUGACUUUCGACAUCGAG